AGCUGCGGAGGCGUUCGCCUGGCAGGCGCGCUUUGCGUAACAAGCCAAAGGUGUGUGUGUGUGCGCGUGGCUCCGGUUGCGCGCGCGCCCGCUCGCUCGCCCGCCAUCCCUCGGCCGGAGCAGGAAGGGGCGCACGAGGAAGGGCUCCUCCGGCAUGUAGGUGGCCCAGGGGCUUCUCCAGGAUGCAGCCUGCCUGCGUGAGGGCCGACCCGCUGCUCCUCGGCCGCAGCCCCCCCGCCGGCGCCAGAGACCAGGAGCAGCAAGUGCAGCUACGGCAGAAGCUGAGGGAGCUGCCGGCGUUGCUCCGGAGCGGACUCACGCUGCGGAGGAAGAACUCCGCCACCGGAGGCCGGAUUAUAUCCAGAAGAAUUUCAAAUCCAUAUCUGGAAAACCCUUCCAGCAAGAUUUAUGGCGAGGAUGCCUUAUGUGCUGGGAGAGCUCUCAGAAAUGUUUUCAUUCUACAAGCUUCUGAUAUGAUGAACGAUAGAAUGUCAUUGGUGGGACUUUGCAGGAGAAGUUGUACUGGAUCUGAACUCAUAGACUGGCUCUUGGAGUACUGUCCUUUCAUCAAGAGUAGAUCUACCGCAGCUGGUGUCUGGCAGCUCCUGUUGAACAUGGGAAUUAUGUUAUCAGUGGAUCGACAAAUCUGUUUUCAAGAUAACUAUGCUUUCUACCAGUUUUCAGCUGAUGAGUGUACAUAUCUUUUCUGUGAAUAUGAACAAGAUGAAGGAUGGAAAAAUGGUGUUAAACUUCUGUUGCAAUUAGUGCCUGUUAUUCCUCCAAGGAUUAAUGCAUGCAAUCUGAACCAUCAGAAGAUCGAAGACACAAAUGAGACUAAUGCUGAAAUUCUUGCUCGACUGACUUCUGCGAUGCAGAGAGAACUGGCUGCUGUUCUUGCAAUCAAGACGAGAAAAUCAGCUUUGGAAAUGAAUCAAAAUGAUGAAAUCAACAGUGAAGAAGAAGCAGAGCAAGAAGACCCCAAAGAUGUCUACAAUACACAGGCAGGAGUUAUGUGCAAGCUACAAGAAGAGGACAUCAGGCGUCUUGAACUGAUCCAGAAACUGCCAAAAGAAAACUGUCAUCCUCCAGAGAGAGACAAAAAAGAGCCAGAGAAGACAGACCAACUGAAUGAUGAAGUGACUGCCGUUCACGUGAAGGAACUGGACCAAGAUGUGCUGGUGCUUAGGAGAGUGUCGUCACUUAGCCCAGCCCCCACAUCAGGGAGUGCCGAGAGUGAUUGGAGAUAUGUGGUAGUAUCUGGGACCCCAGAGAAGAUUUUGGAGCACCUCCUGAAUGACUUACACCUGGAAGAAGUACAGGACAAAGAGACAGAAACUCUCCUGGAUGACUUCCUUCUCACAUACACAGUCUUCAUGACAACAGAUGAUCUGUGUCAGGCACUGCUUAGGCAUUAUUGUGCUAAAAACCACCAAGGCAAGGAAGAAAUUCUAGAUGUUUCCUGCAGAAAACGUAAAGUUUUACAUCUGGUAUCUCAGUGGACUUCACUGUACAAAGACUGGUUACAUGAAGAUGAAAAUUUAAAGCAGUUUCUAAAAACAAUAUACAGGAACGUAUUAGAUGAUGUGUAUGAGUAUCCUGUACUUGAGAAGGACUUGAAAGAAUUUCAGAAAUUACUUGGAAUGCACCGUCGUCACACCGUAGAUGAAUAUUCACCUCACAGAAAGCAUAAAGCUAUUUUCCAUCAAUUCAGUCUCAAGGAGAACUGGCUCCAGAACAGAGGAACUGUGAAUGAAAUUGAAGAAGUUUUUUGCCGGGUGUAUAUAACAGAGCACUCUUAUGUCAGUGUAAAAACUAGAGUAUCCACUUCAGCUCAAGAGAUUGUAAAAAUUGUGGCAGAAAAGCUCCAGCAUUCACAGGAAGAUCUGACUUUGGUGGCUGUUUCAUUCUCCGGGGAAAAGCAUGAAUUGCAACCCAAUGACAUGGUGAUCUCCAAGGCCCUAGAGUCUGCUUCUCGGAUGUUUGUUUUCCAAAAAGAUCUAACAGAUACUCUGAACCCUUUUGCUGAAAAUGAUGAAACCCAUCAAAGAUCAGUGAGAAUUCUGGGAAUUAACACUUGGGACCUCGCUUUGGAAUUAACAUCCUUUGACUGGAGCCUUUUUAACUUGGUUCAUGAGCAAGAGCUGAUAUACUUCACCUUCAGCAGACAGGGCAGUGAGGAAAACACUGUGAACCUUAGUCUUUUGCUUCAAAGAUGCAAUGAAGUUCAACUCUGGGUCGCCACAGAAAUACUGCUCUGUAGCCAGCUCUGUAAACGAGUGCAACUAGUGAAAAAAUUCAUUAAGAUUGCUGCACACUGCAAAGCUCAAAGAAAUCUGAACUCAUUUUUUGCCAUUGUUAUGGGUCUCAACACUGCAUCUGUCAGCCGGCUUUCUCAGACAUGGGAGAGAAUCCCUGGAAAAUUUAAGAAGCUCUUCACUGAACUUGAAAGUUUGACAGAUCCUUCCCUGAAUCACAAAGCCUACAGGGAUGCAUUCAAGAAAAUGAAGUCUCCGAAAAUCCCCUUCAUGCCUUUACUCCUUAAAGAUGUAACAUUUAUACAUGAAGGAAAUAAAACUUUUCUGGAUAAUCUUGUUAACUUUGAGAAACUGCAUAUGAUUGCAGACACAGUCCGAUCAUUGAGACAUUGCAGGCGUAACCAGUUUGGAAGUGAAGUGUCCCCAAAAGAACAUUUGGAGCUGAAGUCCUAUGUUCAUCAUUUGCACAUCAUAGACAACCAGCAGAUGUUGUUUGAGCUUUCUCAUCGGAUAGAGCCACGUGUAUGAGUUCACGCAAACUGCAGUACUUUCUAUUGAGUGAAUGUUUAUGCCAAGCAAGUUGCUUCCCUGGGAGAGAAACGUUUACUGAGUUUUAUCAGUAGUUGAUGCCACAACAUAUGCAGGAAUCUCAUGGAAAGUGAAAAGAGGAACAGUUUGUAUCAGCCUUCCAAGUGUGUUUCGUUCAGCUGCAAAGCGGGCAAGAAAGAACUGCAUUUCCUCAUUCCACGCUUGAGUUUCCUUAAAAACAGUGAUGGUCCAGAGUACUUUUCAAACCAGAUUCUGUCAGUGUUACAUUGAAAGUAAAUACUUGUACCAGCAUGAAAGAAGCAGCACCAUAUGAGAACAGUGCUCACAAUUCUCCACACAAGGGUGUACCUCAUUGAUCAUAAGCUGCCAAAGUAUUGACUGUUGCCAAAAAGAAGCAGGAAGAAAGUACUGUGAGCGAUCUUGGCUUCCCUGGGAUAAGUAGUAACUACUCCAAAAGUUGAAGCGUAAAGCAAGGCACCUGGUUAAAGAGCACAGCAUGCAAAUAGAAUUCAAACCAAUGAUAGAAUAGCCAAACAGCAGCAGUUCUUUAAUUCUAUCACUUCUACUUCAGAAUGUGCUUCACAGAAAAAAAAUCAUGGCUAUAAUUUUUGGUAACGUGAAGUGUCUCUAUACUUGAUUAGCUAGAAAAGAGCAUGGUACUUACAGUGUUUCUCAUUAUUAACUUUUUUAACAUUUAGGAUUCUCUCUGUGUUUCUCCUUUACUAAUGAUUCAGAUUUUGGUAUCAGUGUCCACGGCUGACAGGCUUAAUUGCAAAUUACAAAAAAAAAAUGCUGUGUAUGUUUCUUUCCAUGAUUGUUGUAUAUAAGAUAACUAAUUAACUUUAGAUAGGUGCAAGGUAGACACUGGCUAAAUAGAUGUGGAAAACUAUCAGAGGGUAAAUGCAGCCUACAAUGGUCCUUACGUAUGGAUGCCACAAUAGCAGUGUCUCUACAUCACAGAACUAGGGUCUGUUCUGCAUUGUUUUGUUGCACACCAAGGGCAAGCAUGUGCAGCAAAUGAAUUUUUAAUAGCUUUCCCCUAGAACCCAAGAACUCAGGGCUCUCCCCAGUUGCUUGGGCAAAAAACUGGCCCAGCAAGCAAAGAAGUAUGUUGUGUCCAGAAGCAUAGCAAGGGAGGAAAGUGUCCAGUGCACCGGUGCAUCCUCCCGCCCCAGAACGCCCCCGUCCGACCCCACAACGCCCUCUCCACACCCCCACAGGGGCGCGUGCCUGGAGCUACGCCUCUGAUUGUGUCAUUGUUUGGUACACAUCCUAGAGGUCACCUAUCCCUAUGCUACAUGAUUUAUCUACCAACAUUAUUAAAAAGGAAUUCUUUACAUGCAAUGAACACCUAAUCUGUUAGAGCACACACUUGUUAUUUUAGAAGACCAAAUGGACACAGUUCAGACUUGACCUUAUUGCACUUCUGCUAUUGUGGAAUAGUCCCACAAGUCUCUAUUCAGAAGCAAUAGCAAAUAUAUCCACAAACAAAGGGUAUAGAUUGCCUGUGCUCAGGGAAUGGCAAUGGAUAGGCUAGAUAUGAAUUCUGGAUAUGCACUCUAGCAUACAAAACGGGAAACUCCAAAGUAACUGAAAUGGAUCACUUUCAAAGCAAAUUCUGGAAAAGUUCUCAUCAAUUUUCUCUUUGCAGCAAGUCCUACCAGAGUCCCAAGGUAAAAUCUGCUUGCUGGUUCUUGGGACUGACUAUGGCAAGGAAUAGUUUCUCAUCUGGCCUCAGCUUUAGCUCACAUGAGAAUCUUUUCUUUGUGAACUAAGCACUAUUGUUAAGUUCACAACAUGCACAGUAUGGGAAGGGAAGUUGCCUUUAAUUGGUGGUGUUACGUGCACUGUCCUACAGUUUUUGUGACACAAGAGCUCCCUUGGGAGAGAAAUCUGGGUCCCAGGCAACAAAUGUGUAUUAAUAUAGGUAGCACCAAAAAGUAUUUUUCUGGAAAGGCCCACACUGUUUUGUUUAAAGAUCACGUUCUGUGAUGUCAAAAUAAGACUAAAAAAAUGAGCAUCACUUUCCUCCAAUAAUUCUCCAUCUCCACCAUCAAUUUUCACUUUGAUAAAUCAUUAUUAAUACCUAUUAUCAGAAGUGCUCUUGAAAUUGCCAUCAAUUCACACUUAUUACUGGAACAUCUUAACUGUAAUGGUAUUCAGUAAUCUCAAGGAACUGCUGUAUGUGUUUGGUUACAUAUGAUGCAAGUCAAUCCAUUUCACUAUGAAAAUCUAUUUAUGUGCAGCUUUGUAGAAAAAACUUUUAUGUGGGCAAUGAGCAAACAGGGCUGGGGAAAAAUAGUUCUGUUUGAAAUGGGAGUCUGCCAAAGCAAUUGAACUCUCCUUUUCUUUAACAGAAUUGCUUGUAGUCUAAAAACCACUCAUGUUCAGGAACUUUUUCUGUACAAGAUUCUUGCUGGUAGUUUAUACACUACUAGUAGUAAAGCCCAUUUUAAAAUGAAAUAAAAUGGGCUCUAGACAGGGAAGAGGGUGGCCUGAUCCCCCUUGCCUUGUUUCCCAAGCCCUGUGCAGCUUGGGAAACAGGGAAGGGCCCCCGAUCCUCCAUGCAAGGCUCAGCUAGAGAAUUAGGUUCUUUCCCCCCUUUUUCAUGUUUCCCAAGCUCUGUGCAGCUUGGGAAACAGGGAAAGGAUUUGGGGGGUCUGAUCCUCUGUGCUGCACUCAGCACGCUUCUCCCCCCACCUCUCUUCCCUAGGCCCGCAGAUCUUAGGAAGGGAGGUGGGGAUGGUUGGAAUGUGAGGGACCAACUUUUAACUAAUGGCUGCACAGGACACACUUCAUGUGAGUCCUGCAUGCCUAUUGGCUGGGGGUUCAUUGUCAGACAUUCCAAACCCUUAGUGAAUUAUGUAUAAAGAUUGAAAAAGAAAUAAAAUCCGCUUUAAGUUAUAAGGAUUUCUUUGGCAGGAAGAGGGAUUCAUUCAAAUACAUUUUGGCCUCCCUCAAUAUGAAAAUUGUGAAAUAGUGUACAGGUAUAAAGGAAACAUGUUUUUGAAAUAUGACUGUAGUUGCUAAUAUGAAUAUGCUAUAUUAUUUCUCUUUUUUUAAAAGAAAGUCUAUCCUUUGCAAUUUGGGAAAAUUGACUGUCCAUUGAAUAAAUAUAUUCUUAAGGUAACUGGACAAAUUAGUUACAAUUCCAAACAAGCUAUUAAGUUUUCCUUUCAGUGACUUAGAUUUAAGUACAAAAUACUUGGUUCUUCAACAGUGGAAGUUUGCUGCAAGCAAAAACAAAACAAACUUCUGGCCAACUUUGUCUGCAUGUACCAUUUCUGGCACAUACAAAUAGAUUUUGGGAUCACCAAUCCUGUAAAUAAUCUUUUUAAUGUGGGCAAGCCAGUCAGACCUUCAGAAGAUAGUAAUAGACAUUAUAACACAAACAUGGGAUCCUAACCCCACAUUUGUCUUUACACAUACAAAGCUGUGAUUCAGAAAUAGAUUGGCCAAAGAUGCUGUCCAUGAACUAUUCUCUUUUACAGAUUGGUGUUUUUCCCCCCGUUGUUUAGUUGGGUUUUAAUUCGCCCACCUGAUCUGUGAAUUUAGAAGUUUGAUUAGGGCAGGGGUCUGCAACCUGCGGCUCUCCAGAUGUUCAUGGACUACAAAUCCCAUCAGCCCCUGCCAUGCUGGCAGGAGCUGAUGGGAAUUGUAGUCCAUGAACAUCUGGAGAGCCGCAGGCUGCAGACCCCUGGACUAGGGGUUAAAUGGAGGAAAAUGGCCAAGGGAUGGUGUAUGAGCCCAGGCCCUCUAUUCUGGCGUUCCAAAAUCUUGCAAGCCAGACUAUGAGUGCCUCACAAGCUUCUCCAGAAGGCUCUCCUCUUGCCUCCCCCAAAGCAGCCUUCUCCAUGAAUGCUUUCACUUUUGAGAAUGAGGAGGAAAGUAAGCAAGGCUGACUGCCGGCAAUACCAAAGUCCAAAAACCUUUCAUUUACAGCAGUUAAAAAACAGGAAAAGAAAACAAUCCUUUAAAUAGCUCCACUACUGGUUGGAAAAAAACUUUUUCAGUAUACUGAAGAAGAAUGAGGGCUGUCCACCCCAACUUAGUUACUAAGCAACCCAAAAAGGAGCCUCCUCCUCCUCUCUUCCCUUCUGCUUAACUGACCUUAAUUAUAUCAGCACCAGGUGUUUUCAUUCUAAGGAGAUGGUCAUUAUUUCUUGCAGGCAGUAUUCCGACUGGUGAUGUUAUUUUGAGCUAUAAUUCAAGCCUUGCAUACAGAUGGGGUUGGCAGGUGAGAAUCAUGUGAAAAGGGUUUAGCAAACUCUGCCAUUGAGUUUUCAUUAAUGAAUGCACACAUUUGGGGAAUGCAGGUGUGCUGGUGUAAGGUUUAGUUCUUCGUAUAGUAAAAACUUUAGCUUUAAUGUCCCAGUUCAUUUUGCCGCCUUUUUAGCAAGGCAGUAUAGUGAACUGCUGCUCUGAAAUCUUCCUUCUUCAUGGACAAGCCCACAUUUCCCACCUUGCAUUGUAAUACAAAGAUCUCGUAUCUUCUCAGUUCUUUAGGUCUAUAGUAACUGUCGUGGAACACCUAUGGACAAUUCUAUUUGUGUGCCUGCUUAUUGUGUGCUAUUAGAAUGUGUGCUAUUAGCAUACUUAUUGUGUGCUAUUAGAAUGAACAAUUUUUAUCUCUAAAGCUUGACUUGAGAAAAUACCUGUGUGUAGAGCUCAACUGGCCAAUACUUGUGCCAUCACCAACCAAACUCUCCCCAUCCAUCUCUAGAGUAGCUUUAGAACUCUUUAACACAAUGCAAAGGGGAAAGGGGAGGUUUAAAUAAAUAAAUAUGCAUGUAAGACAACACCCCAUGGGUCAGUAAUGAUCCGGUGCUUGCACAGGGGACUACCUUUAUCUUUAAUACAACCCCUCCCCUCCAAAAAACAGACAACCCUCCUGACACAUGGGAAUGUGGGUAAGACUGAUGACUGAAUUGCUAGUAUGCUUAUCUGUCAAUGGACUGUGAAGUCAGGAGGGAGGUGGGCUCACUCUCCUGUGGCUCAUCUGAAAAUCAUAUGCCUUAUGUCUCACUCCAUUCAAUGGGAGAAAUUGGAUACCUGUUUUACUCUCGCACUGAAGCUGAUGGAACUUACCAGUUUGCCCUUGGCUGGAUAACUUCUCUUACUAAUCUGUAUCUGCUGUUCUUCAUGGUUGCAAGAGAGCAAACGAAGCAAGAGGCAAAGCCAGUGUUUCAGAGGAGGCUUUUGAAGUAGUUGCUUCAUUAGUUUAAACAUGUGUUGGAUCCUAAUGAACAAGGGAGGGGAAAGCUGCCACUAACUGGAUGAAAAAAAUAUUUUGGGUUGUAAAAAUACAAGUAAAAUAAGCUGUAAAUAUUAACCUUUUAGCUGAGUAAAUCACUAUUUAUUUGCAUAGGCUAUUUAUUGUAUUCUUGUUGUACUUAAAUACUGGGCACUGUUGACAAAUACAGACAAGGCCAUUUGUCUAAUCCAUUCUGGUCCUUCUGGAGUGCCAUCAUGCAGUUAGCUUGCAUUAACAAUUAAUACACUAGGUAGCCCAAACCAAGGAUAUUUGCCUAACUUCUCAGGGACCAUACCUUGUAUUUGUCCACCAUUAUUAGUACUGGUAUGUUCUGAUAUACCAGAAACAUGGUUGCCAAUGUACUCCUUUACAUAUUUCAUGCUUGUUGGCCUCUGUAUAUAUCAUUGUGUUGUGUAUUUAUGAGAGCUAGUAAGCAAUAAUUUAUAUGUCAAAAUGGCCAAGCAAUAUGAAUAUAAAACUUGUAAAAGCAAAUGUUACAUUUAGACUUUUUAAAAUAUUGCUUUUCAAAAUAUAAACUCACAUUAAUGAG